UUUUUGUUUACAUUCUAGUUUUCACAGUACUGAUAAGAUUUAUCACCGAUUUAUACUGACGAAAAUUUUUUUAUUUAGAAAGUGGCAAACAUUCUUAAAAUGGCAUUAAUACCACCUGUUACUCGUCUCACUUCAUCAAUUAUACGUAUAUUAGGCUGCAAUCCCGGGCCGAUGACCUUGCAAGGUACUAACACAUAUUUAUUGGGAACAGGCAAAAGACGUAUUUUGAUAGACACUGGUGAUGUGGACGUGCCGGAGUAUAUCAAAAAUUUAACAACCGUUUUAAAGCAGGAACAGGCAGCAUUAAGUACAAUUAUACUUACCCACUGGCAUCAUGAUCAUGUAGGAGGGGUGAAAGAUGUGAUAAAGACGUGCGCUGCGAGUGAUUGCUUGGUUUAUAAAUUCCCACGUACCGACGCAUUAGAUGUAUGCCCAGAGAUACCCGCAAAUAUUAAGGUACAUCCAUUGCAGGAUAAACAAGAAUUAAGUGUAGAGGGUGCGAAAGUGAAAAUUGUGCAUACCCCGGGCCAUACAACAGAUCAUGUUGUGUUGACCACGGAAGAUGGCAUACUGUUUAGUGGUGACUGUAUUUUGGGUGAAGGUACCGCAGUAUUUGAAGAAUUAUAUGAUUACAUGAAAAGCUUGCACAAAAUAUUGAGCAUAAAACCUGAAGUGAUAUAUCCUGCACAUGGCAAUAUAAUUGAAGAACCAGUUGACAAAAUCAAAUACUACAUUAAUCAUAGAAAUCAGCGCGAAGUACAAGUACUAGAUUUCUUUAGUCGAAAUCCUAAUAAACCAUUACAAGCUAUGGAUGUAGUACGUGAUGUAUAUAAAGAGACACCAGAACAAUUGUGGCCGGCUGCUGCUUAUAAUGUUGGGCAUCACCUUGAAAAGUUGCAACGUGAAGGAAAACUUAAGUUAAUGUCAAAUAAUGACGAGAAAUAUUACGAAUUACAGAAAAACAGUGUAUUAUAAUGCGACAUUGGGCAAAUGCAGUCAUUUAGAAAGAAUUUGUAUAUUUACACAUGUAUAUAUUAGGGGUGGUAUAUUUUUAAUAAAAUUACAACAAUUUCUUUAACAA